AUGGCUGCUGCCAGCAAUCUGCUGUCUGAAGAUCAGUUCCUGUGCUCCAUCUGUCUGGAUGUGUUCACUGAUCCAGUCACAACACCAUGUGGACACAACUUCUGCAAAACCUGCAUCAAUGAUUACUGGAAUACCAACAACCAGAACAUGUGUCCACUGUGUAAAAAGGUUUUCUUCUCAAGACCUGAGCUGCUCGUCAGCACUUUGUUCUCUGAGAUGGUUUCUCAGUUCAGACAGUCGACUCAGCAGAAAGCCAGCAGCAGCAGCUCAGAGCAACAAGAGUCCAGACCAGGAGAAGUUCCCUGUGACGUCUGCACUGGAACCAAACUGAAGGCCCUGAAGUCCUGCCUGGUGUGUCUGGCCUCCUACUGUGAGACUCACCUGGAGCCUCACCUGACAAUGUCAGGCCUGAAGAGACAUCAGCUGAUGGACCCUGUGGAGAACCUGGAAGACAGGAUGUGUCUGAAGCACGAUAAACCUCUGGAGCUGUUCUGUAGGACCGACCAGACGUGUGUCUGCAUGCUCUGCACUGUGUUGGACCACAAGAUGCACAAAUUUGUUCCUCUGAAACAAGAAUGUGAAGGAAAGAAGGUGGAGCUGCAGAAGACAGAGGCUGAAACUCAGGAGAUGAUCCAGAAGAGACGCCUGAAGAUUCAGGAGGUCCAACACAACGUGAAGCUCAGUGAGGAAGAUGCAGACCGAGAGAAAGCAGAAGGUGUUCAGGUCUUCACUGGUCUGAAGGAGUCUGUGGAGAGGAAACUGAAGGAGCUCAUCACUACGAUAGAAGAGAAGCAGAGAAGCACCAAGAAACAGGCUGAAGACGCCAUCAGAGAGAUGGAACAGGAGAUCUCUGAUCUGAUGAAGAGGAGCACUGAGGUGGAGAAGCUCUCCCUCUCUGAAGACCACCUCCACCUCCUCCAGAGUGUCCAGUCCCUCAACAUCCACCAUCCACCACCCACCAAGGACUGGUCUCAGGUCAGUGUUCCUCCAGCAUCACAUGAGGGGACUGUGAGGAGAGCUGUGUCUCAGCUGGAGGAGAAUCUAAGCAAAAAGAUAAUCACGCUGGUUGAAGUUGAGGUGAAGAGGGUCCAGAAGUUUGCAGUCGACGUGACUCUUGAUCCUGAAACGGCUCAUCCUCAACUCCUCUUGUCUGAUGACGGGAAACAAGUGAAACAUGGUGAUGUGAAGAAGAAUCUCCCAGACAACCCAGAGAGAUUUUCUCUUUGUGUGUUUGUCUUGGGAAAGCAGAGUUUCUCUUCAGGUAGAUUUUACUUUGAGGUUCAAGUUAAAGACAAGACUAAAUGGGCUUUGGGAGUGACCAGAGAGUCGGUCAACAGGAAGGGAGACAUCAUACGGAGUCCUCAGAACGGUUAUUGGGCUAUACGGUUGAUGAAUGGAUAUGAGUACAAAGCCUGUGUUGGUCGUUUAGUUGUUCUCUCCCUGAAGUCUGGGCCUCAGAAGGUGGGGGUGUUUGUGGACUAUGAGGAGGGUCUGGUCUCCUUCUACGAUGUAGAAGUUGCAGCUCUUAUCUACUCCUUUACGACCUGCUCCUUCAAGGAGAAACUCCUCCCGUUCUUCUGUCCUGGGGCCUCAUUUAUAAAGGGAUUUACGCAAGAAAAAAUGGCGUACGCCGUUUCUACGCAAGGUUUGCGAUUUAUAAAAUACUAACUUGACUGGAAAAGGUGCGGUCCUCCACGCAAACUCAAACCCAUGCGUACGCACUAAGCACAACAACAGGAGAGACGAGAAACUGCGACACCGUUGGCAAAAGGAAGAAUGGAGAGAAAUAUGUGGAAAUAAUACCAUCAAUAUGUUACUCAUUUAUCAUAUGAAGGACUACUUUUCAAACAUUGAUUAAAGCCAAUCUUAAAAUGAUUAAACAAACUUCUGUUGCGACUCCUCAGUGCACACAGACACAUAACUUGGAGAAAUAAAUAAAUACGGAUAUGUUAUUUAAAACCACCUCGAAUAUGUUGUGUUAAUGUUAUGAAAUGUAUUCUCAUAAAUGAUGCGGUAAGCAGGAGGACAGAA